UCCAGUACUUCUGGUCUCCUGCCGGAGAAGAUUCCAAAUCGUGGACUUUUUGAUCGCGAAGUCCCCAAAAUCGAAGGUUACUAAGGGUGCCACGUAAUCAUCCAGUUCCCGCCAUUUUCAUUUCCCUCUCACCUAAUUGACAUAAAAAUCCUUAUUUCACACCCAAGACCCAACGGACCACAAACUACAACGAACCAAGCUCGCCGCUCGCGAUCUCUCUCUUUCUCUCGCUCGCGUGGUCGUGGUGGUAGCGACUAGAGAGCUUGUUCAGUUGUUCUCAUGGCGCCUCAAGCCCUAACCGAGUAUGAACGCCGAAGGCUCGAGAAUAUAAAGCGUAAUGACGAGAUGAUGGCCGCUCUGAAGCUCCGUUCCAGGGCCGAAGAACUCUCUUCUUCCACCAAGCGCAACAGAAUAGAGAAUAAAGCUUAUAAGAUUUCUCCAGAGAAGAAGCCCAAAACAGAAACGCCAAUUGUAAUUCGGCGGUCUCUCCGUGCCCGACGGAUUCCGGCUGACUCCUUAUCCGAAAAGGACCUCGAAGAUGACCACGUUUCCUCCCCCAAAAAGAUUCCCGAGUCUUCUACACGGUCGAAAACUUCUCGCAGAACCUUGGGUUCUAUCAGCAUGCAAGAUGCAUAUAGCGGUAUUGCAUCUGAUCGGAACCUUAUAGAUACGAUCAUUAGCAUGUCGAAGAACAUCCAAUUGGAUUUUUCUAUCAAGAAUGAAUCCUGUCCUAGUAAGAUGGAAUCCUCCGGUGAUAAGAGUGCCCAGGAAGCGGCUCUGGGUAGCUCGAAAAAUGUUCAUUCGAGUUGUGUGGUUAAGAGGGAACUCGACAUGAAUGGGAGUUCCCGCGAUUCAAUCAUGAAUAUGUCAGAAAAUGCCCCAUCAAGUAAUUUGGUCAAGAUGGAAUCCUCUGGUGAUAAGAGUGCUCAGGAAGCUACUCUGGGUAGCUCGAAAAAUGGCCAUUUGAGUUGUGUGGUUAAGAAGGAAGUCGACAUGAAUGGGGCUUCUCACGAUUCAAUCAUGAAUAUGUCAGAAAAUGCCCCUUCAAGUCAUUUGGUCAAGAAAGAAUCUGGUGAGAAUAUAGGUUCUGGUUAUAUGAACAGUGGUAUGCCAGGAAGUGUUCCAUUUAAUUGCCAAAUCAAGAAAGAACGGGAUAGAGUCGUUAGUUCUUUUAAUGUGCGUUCGUUAAGAUUGAGACCGGAGAAUAUUGCACAACUCAUGCCUGGAAAGAUACUGGACGUGCGGUUCUUUCCGUCGACCCACCGCACACUCAUUGUUGCUGGGAACAAAUUUGGUAAUGUUGGAUUUUGGGAUGUUGAUAAUAAGGAGGACGAAGGAGAUGGGAUCUAUUUGUACCAACCUCACUCAGGUCCUAUUUCCGCCAUUUUGAUUCGACCAUAUUCAGUAUCGAAGGUUUUCAGCAGCUGCUAUGAUGGUUUCAUUCGUUUGAUGGAUGUUGAGAAGGAGAACUUUAAUCUCAUUUACUCCGGUGAAGAUGCGAUUUUCUCUCUUUCUCAACAUCCACAAGAUGCACAAUCACUAUAUUUUUCUGAGGGUCGAGGAAAGUUGCAUGUUUGGGAUGAGAGAGCAGGGAAACUGUCAAGUUCAUGGAUGUUGCAUGAACAAAGAAUCAACUCCAUUGACUUUAAUGUAGAAAAUACCAACUUGAUGGCUACGAGUUCUACUGAUGGGAAAACCUGCAUCUGGGACUUGAGAAGUAUUGGCAGUGCUGAUGGACCAAAAAGUUUCAAGACAUUUGACCAUAAAAGAACUGUUCAUUCUGCUUAUUUCUCUCCAAGUGGAAGCCAUCUUGCAACAACAAGUAUCAAUGACACAGUUGGUAUAUUUCACGGAGUUGAUUUUGGGGAUGUUUCUAUGAUUCGUCAUAAUAACCAGACUGGUAGAUGGCUGGCCUCCUUCAGAGCAAUAUGGGGUUGGGAUGAUUCUUAUCUCUUUAUUGGCAAUAUGAAAAGGGGAUUGGACAUUAUCUCCAGCAUCCAAAGGAGAACAGCAAUGACCCUGGAAUGCCCGUACAUGGCUGCAGUCCCAUGUCGGUUUGCUGUACACCCUUGUAAGGUUGGGACGUUGGCAGGAGCAACAAGUGGAGGACAGGUUUAUAUGUGGACAUCAAGUUAGGAAAAUGUAAGACAAUAUUGUAGCAGAAAUUUGUAAUUUAAGACCAGGAUCCAGAACCAAAUCUUAGAUAUUUUUUGUAAAUUUGCAAGACUGGAAGAAUAUUCAUGUCAACUGUAUACUUUUAGUGCCAACAUUUUUAAUGAGUUUGUACUGAUUUAGAAGUGA